AUGCGUGCUCCUUGUGCGGCUCUUUUCGAUCGGACGGCGAGGUCGAAACCUGCCACCAGGUCUGAACUCUUGUCUUGGCCUGCUCUUUCGAAACUCCAGACUAAUAAACGUCCCCCAGGCCCGCCUACUCUGCCGCUGAUCGGGAAUCUACACCAACUGCCAAAGAAAGACAUUCAUGUACAGCAUCUCAAAUGGGCGCAAGAAUAUGGCCCCAUUUUCUCCCUCAAACUAGGCUCCCAGACGGUCAUCGUCCUCGCGAGCGGUUCGAUGAUCAAACGGCUCGUGGACAAACGCAGCGCCAACUACGCCGACCGCCCGUCACUCUUCAUGCAGGGCGUCUUUGAGCAAUCCCGGAUCAUCCUCCGCGGCUACGACGACCUCUGGAAAGUGGAGCGCAAGUUGUACCAUGGGUUCCUGAACAGCACCAAAGCGGUCCGGUAUGCCCCUUACCAGGACCUGGAGACGAAACAGCUGUGCUUCGAUCUCCUUAGUCGUCCCGAGGCCUUCGAGGCCCUGAUCACCCGCAUGACAUUCAGCGCGGCCACCAGCAUGACCUACGGGUUCCGCGUGACCGACCCGCAGAAUCCCGUGAUGCAGGAAUUGCUCAAGAACGCGCACGGCUUCCUGUCCAUGGUGCACAAGAGCCAGCUCUUCGAUUGGUACCCGCAGUUGAGGCCGAUCGUGAAGUGGUUGCCCUCGUUCAUGUUCCCCAUGUACCGCGACGCGAGGGAGGUGUUUCGGCGCGAGAAGAUCCAAUUCCACCAGCUCUUGGACGACGCGCGGAGGAACAUGAACGACGAGAAUGCCCUGCCAUGUUUCGCCGCCGAUAUAGCUCGUGCCCAAGAAUCCUGGAAAGGAAAGCCAGACGGCGCCAUCUUGACCGACCGUGCCGCCGCCUACAUUGCUGGAAUUGCCAUGGAGGGGGCCACGGACACGCAGAGCAACCAGCUAGCAUCUUUCAUCAAGGCAAUGACGCUCUACCCCGACUGUCAGACGAAAGCGCAGACCGAGCUCGAAGAAGUCGUCGGCCCGGAUCGCAUGCCCGACGCCAACGACGUGGACAAGCUGCGAUAUCUUCGCCAGAUCAUGAAAGAGACGUUGCGAUGGAUGCCAACAGCCACGACGGGCGCCGUCCCGCACGCGGCCCGCGAAGGCGACGAGAUCGACGGCUACGUGAUCCCCCGAGGCGCGACCAUCGUGCUCUCCAUCUGGUCGGCCAACAACGACCCGAGUCUGUUCCCCAACCCGCGCGUCUUCGACCCGUCCCGCCACAACCCGGACGUGUCGAUGAGCCAGGCCGCACAGGCCAGCGACAUCCACGACCGCGACCACUGGUCCUUCGGCGCCGGGAGGCGCAUCUGCCCGGGCAUCCACGUCGCCGAGAGUACCCUGAUGCUGUCGAUGGCGCGCCUCCUGUGGGCCUUUCGCAUCGCAAAGGCAAAGGACGACCAAGGCCGGGACAUCCACGUCGAGCCCGACGCCAUCACGCAGUCGAUCGCUUCGCGGCCCUUGCCGUUCAGAUGUGACAUCAAAGUGCGCAGCGAGAAGCGCGCGGAAAUCGUACGAAAGGCCUGGGAAGAGGCGCAACACGUGCUGGACGAGGCCGGGAACUAUAAGGUGAAUGUGCUGUGA